AUGCAUCUUUCCUUCGCUUAUCUGGGCUUCGUGCUCACUGCCUCCGCUGCUGCCGGCUCGCAUCAUUUGGCGAGAACCGAUACAAUUGCUAGAUUGAGCGUUCGUAGUGACGAAGUGCCCGGCCAAAAUGGCGAUCUUCAAAUGAAGUGCAUGGGUGGCUGUGGUGGCCUUCCUCCACCUGGACCCAAUGCGGUCUGGAAUGCUCCGAUCGUAGCACCAGGAGGUCUACCGCCAAUGAACACUUUCUUUUCACAAGUUCAAAGCUACUCUACGAUUACAUCCAACACCGUCGGCCUCUGGGGCGGUGGCAUGGACCCCCAAACCAUCUUACUUCAGUUCCAAAUCAUGGUUACUAGUCUUUCAACCCUGUUCUACAGCUUACAAGGCGGAUGUCCCUUCCAAGGAAACCCUCAAGUGUUCAUCUCCACUUUUGCCCCGAUGAUCAUCCAAAUCCAAAGUAUGAUCACGAUCAUUUCCACUCAAUGUGUCGGUAUCAUUGGUGCCUUCCAAUCCUCCUUUGCCGUUCUCACUGUUUUGAUGCAAUCGAUCAUCGGUGUUGCUAUCACCAUGCAUGUCGACAUUCAGCAAUUCUUCUCAGCCUGUAACUUCAACCCUCAGCUCUGGUCACCACUUGGCUUCCCGGUCGGUAACUGGAUGAACGGAAUUCCAGGUGGGUUCCCCGGUGGUCCAGGUGGAUUCCCUGGUGGUCCAGGUGGAUUUGACCCUAACGGAUUACCAGGUGGUCCAGCUGGUAUCGACCCCAACGGUUUACCAGGAGGUUCAGGUGGAUUCGGCCCCGGCGGAGUACCAGGAGGCCCUAACGGUGGUGGUGGUGUCGUCGGCUUCUUCCAACCCCUCAGUCACCUCGGUCAAUUGCUCCAACAACUCCUCCUGGUCCUCGAACCUAUCUUCAAAGGCCUCGAACGCCUCUUAGCAGGUGUUGGUCUCCUCCUUGGCCAUCUCGGUGACGCUUUGGGUGGUCUCCUUGGUGGUGUCGGUGGUGGUGCCAGUCCCGUCGGUUUCAUUUAG